GCUCUCUCGUACUCUCCUUUACUCUUCAGCAGAACCGCUAAAAAAAGACAAUACUCCAUAUUGACAAAGAUAAUACCAAACAACGAAGAUGCCUGACACUAAAGAAUUGACAGAAGAGGAAGUUGCCGACCUGAAGGAGGCAUUUGCCAUGUUCGACAUCAACGGCGAUGGUAAGUUUCAGCGGUGUUAGAUAAAUAACGAAAUGACCCGGYRAAGACAGGACCUAAUCGAUUCAAAUMGACAUGUGGCGUAAUCCGAACGAUGCCAUCUUGUUACUCGAUGUUCUCAGCUGCCUAUGAGGAAGUGGUUGACAUGGCAUGAUUUGAUACAGCGGUUGUCUAUGAUGGUGAUUGAUCUACCGAUUUGAUACAACUGCUAACACACGAAUGACGUGAUACGACUUYGUCGUUUGCCCUUGCCGUUCUUUUGCUAAAGGAACCAUCGAACUCACCGAAAUCAGACAGGUCAUGCGCAAGCUUGGUCAGAACCCAACUGAAGAAGAGUUGAAGGAAAUGAUCAGCACUGUCGAUGAGAAUGAUGACCACGAAAUUGACUUCGAAGAAUUUUUGGUGUUGAUGAAAUCCCGCUGUAUUGUUGACGAUCCCGAAAAGGAAAUGAGAGAUGCAUUUGCCGUCUUCGAUACCGAUGGAAACGGAUCGAUCGAUCGAAAGGAGUUGAAGAGACUCAUGAAGAAACUCGGGCAAGCUCUUACCGAAGCCGAAGUUGACGCCAUGAUGGAGCAAGUUGACGCUAACGGAGACGGAGAAAUUAGCUACGAAGAAUUCAAGWCAAUGAUGGUACGUACACUSCUAAUCUUAUUCCGAGCAUUGAUGAUACCAAACCAAUCACUCWUAUGUAAUCAAUCACGAUCUCUCUGUCUUUACUUGAAAUGUAUAUCUAAAUCUUGAACAAUCAUUUACUCUCCCGGUGUAUCAGGAGAGCUAAGUGAAUGCUCUUUUUGUGCGAGUUUGCAUCAACAUACGGAUCCGUGAAGCAAGUUAAUAACGAUGUGGAAAAUGUGUUCAUUUUUUCAACUUGCCAAGCAAACAGAAUCUGUUUGCUGUUCUGCCAGCUAGAUUAUCAGGAUUGAAUGGCUUCAUAACGUCUAUUUGAUCCGUCGCGAAGAUCAUUUGUAAAUGAAAGGUUAUCAUGCCAGGGGAAGGAGAACAACGUAUUGUGAUAGUAAUAGUCUGUGUUUAACCGGAAGAAUGUAAUACUGUAGAGUCAGGAUCUGAGCACGACCAUUCAAAGUCUA